GCUCCCCCCUCACCCAUGGGUCUGUGCCCCUCCAUCCUGCACACACCUUCAGCUGCCUCUCUCCAGAGCCUGCACACUGGUUGUUGCUUCCUUCUCCUUCAUGGAGAGCUCUCUGGAGGGGAAGCAGUGCAAGCAGCAGUGGAUAAAGCCACUGCCUAGGUUUGUCCCCUGACUUUUUACCACAGUGGAGUGUUCACCAGAAUCUUCUCUUUGCUGUUUGCUGUGGCUGCCCUCAGGAGUGACUCUGUUGUCACCUGGAGACCUUUGAAUUGAGACUCUUCAGAAUGCUGUGCAGAAAAUCCAGGACAUGCUGGUUGUAGCCCAGGCAAGAGGACCUGUGAACUCAGCUUUAACCACCUGCAUUUCCUCUCUAGCAGGGCAUUUCCUUUAGGCAGCAGAUAUUUCUGCUCCAAUGGACAAAGGUCUUCACCUCGUGUUCUGUGUGCUGGCAGCCAUGCUGCUCCUGAGAGACUCAAGCCAGACAGGAACAAGGACUGCUGAUGCUGUGAGGAAGGUCGCUGACUUAAGGGCAUCAGGAGAGGGUCUUCCAACUUUGACUGUCACAACGAUCCUGGAGGACCCCUACGUGAUGGUGAGGAGCGCAGAGCUGGAGGGCUACUGCAUGGACCUGCUGAAGGCUCUUGCUGCCAUGCUUCACUUCAGCUACAAGGUGAAGGUGGUGGGCGAUGGGCAGUACGGCGCCGUCUCUCCCGGGGGGAACUGGACUGGGAUGGUUGGUGAAAUCCUGAGACAGGAAGCAGACAUCGCGGUGGCUCCGCUGACAGUCACCUCGGCGAGGGAGGAGGUGGUGUCCUUCACCACGCCCUUCCUGCAGACCGGCAUCGGCAUCCUGCUGCGCAAGGACACUGUCUCGCAGGAGAUGUCUUUCUUCCACUUCCUGGCUCCUUUCAGCAAGGAGACCUGGACUGGCCUUUUAUUUGCUUACCUGCUGACCUGCUUCUGCCUCUUUCUUGUUGCCAGACUGAGCCCCUGUGAAUGGAAUGAGCCAAAGAAUGAGGAGAACCACUUCACCUUCUUAAACAGCCUCUGGUUUGGAGCAGGAGCCCUUGCCCUGCAAGGUGUCACCCCCCGGCCCAAAGCUCUCUCGGUGAGGGUGGUUGCUGCUGUCUGGUGGCUCUUCACCAUCGCCUUGCUGGCUGCCUACAUUGCCAACUUCACUGCCCUGCUGAGCUCCAGCAGCGAGCAGCUCCCAAUCCAGACUUUUGAAGACCUUGUGAAGCAGAGGAAGCUCGAGUUUGGGACACUGGAAGGCUCCUCCACUUUCUACUACUUCAAGAACUCCAAGAAUCCCAUCCACCAGAUGAUCUAUGAGUACAUGGACAAGAGGAGAGACCAUGUCCUGGUCAAGACCUACCAGGAGGCUGUCCAGCGUGUGAUGGAGUCUGACUAUGCCUUCAUUGGAGAGUCCAUCUCUCAGGACCUCGCAGCUGCCAGGCACUGCAACUUGAUCAGGGCCCCUGAAGUUAUUGGAGCCAGAGGAUUUGGCAUUGCCACUACCCAGGCAUCCCCCUGGACCAAGAAGCUCUCCGUCGCUGUCCUCAAGCUGCGGGAGUCAGGGGACCUGGACUACCUCCGCAACAAGUGGUGGGAGAGCAGCUGCCUGCACAGGAGCAGGGACAGCUGGAGCCCACUGCAGCCCCAGGCUCUGGGGGGCCUCUUCCUCACCCUCGGCAUGGGGCUGGCGCUGGGCGUGAUCGCGGCGCUGGUGGAGCUCUCCAACAAAAGCAGGAACACUGCUGGGCACCUGAAGAAGUCCUGCUGCUCCGUUUUCACGGAGGAGAUGUGCGCCCGGCUGCGCGGCAAGGAGAGCACCAGGCACGGCCAGGAGGCUGCGGGGAAGGCCAACGCUUGAGAGGCUUCUGCUUCAGCACCGGGCAUGGCUUAGCUUCUGUACUGCCUAGGAACUAGAGCCCUGUAGAGAUCUCCUCCUGCAAGUCUAGAGGGUUAGUUUUCUAAUGACAAACACAGAGAGCACUUCUGGACUGGUGGUGGAGCUGGAUACGAAGGAAAUGAAGUGGCUUGGAAGGACUGAAAUGGCUGAGUGGCAGCGCAACUGCUAACAGUAAGGGAGGCUGACAACGUGGAGAAACAGAGCUGAGCUGGCCACGGUGGAUCCAUGUUUAGUUUAGAAGUUCACUGUGCAUGUGAGUGUCUGUAGGAGUAAGUGACUCAGGACAGGUUAAUGUGCAGCCUCUGCCCACCCAUGACAGGAUGAGGUGCAGCCUUUGAAGCUCUCCUGACUUUUACCAUGAGCUGCUGCUUCUCAACCAGGGCAGUUACCAGCUGCACUCUUGCCCUCUUGCAGGCAGCUGGUCACUGUGAAGGUCAUCUCUGAAUCAGGGACAGAGCUGUAGCAUAACCCCCCAGGAUGCUGCAUGCUCUGCAGCGACCUAGAACCUGAAAGGGAGAGCUUGAGGCUAAGGAACUGAGCCUUGAGAAAUAUGAGACAUGGAUUUGUCCUCUGCCAGUGUCCCACCCUAGAAGUGUCCCUGUUUAGCUGCUGAAGCUGUUUUGUCCUGGUUAACCUGGCCCAGAAGUGUUUAGGAAGAAAACUGACAGCUGACCUCCAGCAGUGCCAGAGCCUGAGCUCUGAUAACCACUCCACUAAAGCCAAGCUCCCUGAGCAGGGGAGGCAGGGAGCAGGGAGCUGCAGUAUUCCCUUGCUCCCAGAGCAGAAGCUGUGACAUUCAUGGCCAAGUCAGCUGCUUACUAAAGAGUUUGCUCCUGGCCCUGCUUUUCCCUUGAGCUGGAGUGACUGCUGCAUGCAGGUACUGCUUUGCACACUCGUGGCUCCCCCACUCCAUGGAUGUGUUGCACAUCUUGAGGAGGGAGAGGGGAGAAAGCA